AUGCCAGAGACUCUGCUGAUGAACCCAUCUGAGGAAAGCUAUUCGGACCUAGGCCAAUGGCCAGUAGAGAGGCCGAGAAACAAGUCGACAUGGAGCUCUUGUGUGUGCAGAGAUAAAACCAGCAAGUGGUCGAUAGUUCCUAAGGGAACAGAAAUGUUCCUGAGUGCUAGAGGGUCAUGUUCACGAGAACGGCCAAAAACAGAGAAAGGAAACUCAGUGAAAAGCCGAAUGACCUCACCGAGUCUCUUCCUGCAGAAUUCCUAG